AUAAUAUUAUUUUAUAUUUAAAGCAAUAACUAUAACUGGUUUUAAUAAUUUUUAGGAUAACAAGCUCAAGAAUUUAUGUCCUGUGUGCGAGAAACACUGUCCAACUCGUUUAACAAAGCUAGAUGAUAAUUUAUGUUGGAAUGGACAAAAUUGUCAAAAAAUUUGUAAAUGUGGUGAUCGUGCUUGCAAUCCGUCCAACGAAUGCUGUCAUCCCCUAUGUUUAGGAGGAUGUACUGGUCUAACAGCAUUAGAUUGUAAGAUAUGCAGAGAUGUAAUUUUACCUGAUAACAAAUGUGCGAAACAGUGUCCAGAAAAUAUGUAUGAAUUUUUAAAUCGUCGAUGUAUAGAUGAACAUAAAUGUCGGAAAAUGAAAAAGCCUUUGGAAUCAUUCGGAAACGUACGGGAUUAUCCAUAUAAACCUUUUAAAAAUAGUUGCGUGAUUGAAUGUCCAGCAGGUUAUAUGGAUGAUGAAAAUGAUAGUAAAGCCUCAUGUAAAGAAUGUGACCGUGCUUGUUCAAAAGUAUGCUCUGGAGCAAGUGUUGAUAGCAUUGCUUCUGCUCAAAAACUUCGUGGUUGUACUCGUAUCGAAGGUAGUUUGGAGAUACAAAUAAAAGGUGGCAAACACAUGGUGAAAGAACUGGAAGAUAAUUUAAACAUGAUAGAAAUAAUUGAUGGCUACUUAAAAAUUGUACGAAGUUUCCCUCUGAUAUCUUUAAACUUUUUAAAAAAUUUAAAAUUGAUUAAUGGUUCUCAAUUAGAAAACGAUAAAUAUACAUUAGCAGUUCUUGAUAAUCAAAACCUUCAAGAGUUAUGGGACUGGGAUACUCAUCCACCUAUUACUAUAAAAUCUAAAGAUGGACCUGCCAAAGUAUUUUUUCAUUUUAAUCCAAAGUUGUGUCUUCAAAAAAUAGAAAAACUACGAGAAGUUGCUAAACUCUCUCGAUUUACAGAUUUAGAAGUUGCACCAAAUAGUAACGGUGAUAAAGUAGCUUGUAACGUAACUGAAUUAAAAGUAUCUGUAACUAAAAAAACUGCUGAAGCAGCACUUAUAGAGUGGAAAGCAUUUGAACAUCAUGAUCCGAGAUCAUUAUUAGGUUACGUUGUUUAUUUUAUAGAAGCACCCCAUCAAAAUGUUACAAUGUACGAUGGUCGUGAUGCAUGUGGAGGAGACGGUUGGAGAGUAGAUGAUGUUGCUCCAGAAUCGUCAAACGAAUCAUCAAAUCUUAUUAUUACUGCUUUACUCACUCAAUUAAAGCCAUACACUCAAUAUGCAUUUUACGUUAAAACUUAUACCAUCGCCACAGAAAGAUCAGGUGCUCAGAGUAAAGUACAAUAUUUUACAACUUUACCUGGUGAACCAAGUCAACCCAGAUCUUUCUCUGUUUGGAGUAAUUCUAGCAGUGAAUUAGUCAUGUCUUGGCUUCCUCCACUUCGAAGUAACGGAAAUUUAACAUAUUAUAGAAUCAUUAGCAAACAGGAAGUAUAUGAUCCUAAUCUUCUUGCGAAACGAGAUUACUGCGAUAAACCUUUGCAAUUUCCGGAUAAAAAACCUAUAUCUGAGAUAGCUGAAGAGGAACGAAAACGUGCAGAAGCUGAAAAAGAACGUAAUAAGCCUGAUUUAUCUUCUUGUGAAUGUGCUGAUAAAGAAUCAACUCAAUCAGAAAGAGAAAAAGAAGUAUCAGGUUCGAUUGCUUUUGAAGAUGCAUUACACAAUCAGGUUUAUGUUAAAAGAGUUGGCAGCAAUAGUAGACGUAGACGAGAUAUAACUGUUAUUAAACCGAGUGAUCUUGAAUACUUACGAAAGAACGAAACAAUCAUUAACACUGAUCAGACGCUUAAUCUAAUACCCAGUUCUGAACAGUCAUUCGUAAUGCGAAAAUUAGAACAUUUCGCUACUUAUAAUAUAGAGCUUCAAGCUUGUCGAGAAGCUGUUCCUGAUGAUGUAAGCGAAAAAUGUUCCACAAAAGUGAUACAAAACUCUCGAACUUUACCAUUUGAGCAUGCAGACGAUAUUCCGUUGGGAUCACUGAAAUUACAAAAAAUCUAUGAUCGCACUAACACUAGUCGUCCAGCAGUGAAAUUACAGUGGGAAGAACCAAAAAGACCUAACGGAUUGAUUGUUGCCUAUCAAAUUGAAUACAAACGAGUAGGAAUGCCAGAUAUUCAGCCAAUUGUAGUUUGUAUUAGUAGUCAAAGAUUUCGCAACGACAGUAAUUCUUGUAUCACUAAAGACUUGCCGGCUGGUAAUUAUUCCGUAAAAGUUCGGGCUACAAGUUUAGCAGGAAGUGGUGCCGACUCAGAAGUACUUUACGUAUAUAUUGAGGAAGAUAGUUCAAAAGACAAAUUUGGGAUUAUUUUCUGGUCAGUGUUCUUCAUCGUUCUCAUUGCAGCAAUUUUUAUUGGAAUGUAUCUGUGUAAACGUAAGCUUAUGCGAAAUGUACCGAGUAGAAGACUGAUAGCGACUGUGAAUCCAGAAUAUGUCAGCACUGCUUACGUACCUGAUGAAUGGGAAGUACCAAGAAAAAAAAUUCGUUUAUCUCGAGAGCUGGGAAAUGGUUCUUUUGGUAUGGUUUAUGAGGGUAUUGCUAAAGAUAUUAGUAAGUUGAAACCUGAAAUAAGAUGUGCCGUCAAAACAGUUAAUGAAAAUGCAACCGAUCGUGAACGCAUAGAGUUUUUAAAUGAGGCUUCGGUAAUGAAAGCUUUCAACACCCAUCAUGUUGUUCGGCUACUUGGUGUUGUAUCUCGAGGUCAACCUCCUUAUGUCAUCAUGGAAUUAAUGGUAUUACGUUAUGUCAUUGAUGGAGGUGUAAUGGAACGUCCAGAAAAUUGUCCUGAUUCUCUUUAUCGAUUAAUGCGAGGAACAUGGAAUCAAAAAGCUGUACGAAGGCCUACAUUUAUUCAUAUUACUGCUAUGCUUUUGAAAGAAGCAUCUUUAGAAGGUUUCGAAACUGUCAGCUUUUAUCACAGCCCGGAAGGAAUUGAAGCUCGUAAUCAAAACAACUCUCUUUCACCACUCAAUGAUAACGAUUUUGAAAUGGCUUCGUUAGACGAUUUAAGAGAAGACGAACAAGAAGGAGAUGAAGGUCUACCACUACGUGAAGAUUUUGGGGAUUUCGCAAGUGUUGAACCAAGUUGUUUUAAAAAUAGUACAGAUUCAAGAUAUGAUUUAAAACCAUACGAUGAUAACCCUGGAAUUCCUGCGAGCUUCCACGAUCUAAACUCUUCAAAGAUGCCUCUUAAAGCUGGUUUUGACGAUUUUGAUGGUGUAUCAGUAGGGUCUUUUUGCUCGAGUAAAGAUACAUUGAAUUUUCCAUUUGUGGAAGAAAGCCUUAAAUCAGUUAAAAACUCCCCGUCCAUAAAGAACAAUAGUACGACUCGACAAAAUGUAAGUCCAUUGUCAAGUAAAAAUUCUUUGAGUCCCCAAAACAAAAAAAAUCAACUCAUUUUACGAAGUCAUGUGCGAAAUAAAUCGAUCCAAAAUAUUAAGGAUAUGGAUUACGUAAAUCAAAGCACUGAACUUGUGUCAAAUGCUGAAAUGCAAGAUAUUAAUUCCACUCAAUUAGAAUAUCCGUCAUUAGAUAAUGUAGAUGUCACUGUUUCAGUUCAAGAAUCGGAACAACAAUCUCAGACUGAUUAUUUAGAUAAAAAUGAAAGUCUGAAUAAUGGAUACAUUAGUGGAACAACUACGUAG